GAAAAAACCGCUGGACGAUAUCGAUCGGAUCGGGCUUGCAGAAUAUUGUCGGUGGUGGUUCUUGUUUUUUCUUCACUUCUUCAUCUCUCCGUUUCUCUUUCUCUGCCACAUCCCCUUUUUCACUCUCUUCGCCCGCUGAUUCCCUUGCCUCUGCCGUCGUCGCCGCCACCGUAUACCCCGUCGUUUUCCCCCAAUCCCUUCGUUAGGUGCUGCUGUUGCACAGGAAAAAAAAAAAGAAAAGAAAAGAAAAAAAAAGAAAAUGUCUCCACCAGCUCUUGUUGCUCCCGGCGCAGGCUCUGCCGCAAAGGAUGUGAAGAGAGAGUCCGGAAUGGCUCGUCUGCUCGGUUCCGGAUCCUCUGGCAUUGCUGAGCUCCUUAUUUUCCAUCCCGUUGAUACGACCGCCAAACGUCUUAUGAGCAAUCAAGGAAAGAUCGCCAACGUUUCCCAAUUGAACAAAGUCGUUUUCAAGGACUUCGCCGACGCCUCUGUCGCUAGGAAGUUCACCUCUCUUUUUCCCGGUCUUGGAUAUGCUGCUGGAUACAAGGUAUUGCAACGGAUAUAUAAAUAUGGCGGACAACCAUUCGUCCGGGAUUAUCUAGCCCAGCACCACGGCUCGUCGUUCGACAAUGCAUUUGGCAAGGGCACUGGCAAGGCGAUCAUGCAUGCUACGGCCGGAAGCUUGAUCGGUAUUGGAGAAAUUGUUCUCCUCCCCCUCGACGUCCUCAAAAUAAAGAGACAGACAAACCCAGAAGCAUUCCGUGGCCGUGGCCUGUUCAGAAUUAUCAAAGAUGAGGGAAUGGGUCUCUACCGCGGUGCAGGCUGGACCGCUGCACGAAAUGCCCCCGGUUCCUUUGCACUCUUCGGCGGCUCCGCCUUCGCGAAAGAAUAUAUCUACGACCUAAAAGAUUAUAACUCCGCGUCUUGGCUGCAGAACUUCGUGGCAUCCAUCGUCGGUGCCAGCGCCUCCCUCAUCGUCUCCGCGCCGCUUGACGUCAUCAAGACCCGGAUCCAGAACCGCAACUUUGAGAACCCAGAAUCUGGCUUCCGAAUUGUCAGCAGCAUGAUCAGGAAUGAGGGCCCGACUAGCUUCUUCAAGGGGCUGACGCCCAAGUUGCUGAUGACGGGUCCGAAGCUUGUGUUUAGCUUCUGGCUUGCGCAAACCUUGAUCCCGGCGUUUGGGAAGGUUGUGUAAGCUGUGCGCUUUUUGCAGGGAGUAUUCGUGGCGAUGGGGCGGAGCGGGAGCUUUGCGACUCGCUAUAGCGUGUCCAAUUCCUUUUUCUCUUUCUGUUUUAAUUUUCGGCUUCUACUGUAUUGUUAUUUUAACUACGCCUUUUUUCAUGUUAUAUAUAGAAAGAGUAUACGUGCGUUAGGCUUUUUGUUGGGAUUUUUAUAUACGGGCCUAUGUAAUUUUAUGUUUGUCACUGCUCUACUCUUUGCUUCUUAUGGUUAUUUUUUCCUAUAUAGAUAGCGCGUGGUUAAAAUUCCGGCGUUGGAACAUGAUAGAUCUAUGUACAUCUAUGUCAUAAAAGUUGUUGCCCAUUCCCUCUCAUCUAAACGGUCUUUUUUAGUCCCCAAGCGGCGUCCAUCAGACAAGACACCCACGGACUGCUAUAUCUAACCAAUUCUACCAAAACAGUA